GGCACAGUCUGUUUUAAAACCCUAAACCCCACAAAACCCUUCUCCCCAUCGUCCUCGAUCACAAUUCGGAAGGGGUGAAAUUCCGCUGGUGACUGAGCUUUGUUUUCUGUUGUGUGAGGGAAAAUGAAUCUGAAGAACAUGAAGGUUCCGAACGUUCCCGGAGGUGCUGGUGGUGGCGCAGCGUCGGCGCUGUUGAAGCUGAGUGUGAUCGGUGGGAUUGGUUUGUAUGCUGCUGCCAACAGUCUCUACAAUGUUGAGGGAGGACACCGAGCUAUUGUUUUCAACCGUUUAAUUGGUGUCAAAGACAAGGUCUAUCCAGAAGGGACACACUUCGUUGUUCCAUGGUUUGAGAGGCCUGUCAUAUAUGAUGUUCGUGCACGACCGCAUCUAGUUGAGAGUACCUCAGGAAGUCGUGAUCUCCAGAUGGUGAAAAUUGGGCUUCGAGUCCUUACUCGUCCUUUGCCAAGUGAGUUACCUACAAUUUAUCGGACCCUUGGUGAGAACUUCAAUGAAAGGGUUUUACCUUCAAUUAUACAUGAAACUUUGAAAGCUGUUGUUGCCCAAUACAAUGCCAGCCAGCUUAUUACUCAGCGCGAGGCUGUUAGUAGGGAAAUCCGGAAGGUUCUGACUGAGAGGGCUGUUAACUUCAAUAUCGCCCUUGAUGAUGUGUCAAUUACCACUCUAACAUUUGGCAAGGAGUUUACUGCUGCAAUUGAAGCCAAACAGGUGGCUGCACAAGAAGCUGAGAGGUCUAAAUUUGUUGUGGAGAAAGCUGAACAAGACAAGAGAAGUGCCGUAAUUAGAGCACAGGGAGAAGCAAAAAGUGCCCAACUUAUUGGACAAGCUAUUGCCAACAAUCCAGCUUUUAUCACACUGAGGAAGAUCGAAGCCGCAAGAGAGAUUGCGAAUACUGUAUCCAACGCAGCAAACAAGGUUUACCUGAACUCAGAUGAUCUGUUGCUGAAUCUUCAGGAGAUGAAGUUGGAGCCAAGCAAGAAGUGAUCUGCUGAACUUGUUUGUGAUGAUCGUUUUCAUUCUCUCAUUAGAAAGUACGAAACCUAUUCAAUUUCAUGAUGUAUAUGUUGAGAGUAGUCUUUACAUAGUUGAAUAGUAACCUUUUUCAAACUUUAGCCAAAGGAUUAUUUGAGAUCCAAAUGAUCCGGAUUACAUAAAAUGAUGAUUAAUUGAUUAUGAUUAUUCCCCGA